AUGGUGGCCACGCGAUUCUUUCUGAGCAGCUCGCGCUAUGAGCGCUGGGCCGCCUCCGCUGCCAUCCUGGCGGCGGCUGCCCUGGCCAUCGCAGCGGCUGCAGCAGCACGCCUCAUCUUUCGCCCUUGGGUUGCGCUGCUCGAGACAAAAACACGCUUUGAGCACACGCUGAUCGACCUCGAGAAGAAACCGCCGGAGUUCCUGAGGCUGUCGCCAACCGGCCUCGUGCCUCUCCUCGUGAUGGAUGACGGGGAGGUGGUGACGGAGUCAGCGGUCGUCGCGAGGCGCGUGGCGACAGAGUUCCGCACUCGGCACACAAACUUGCUUCCGAGCGCCGAGACGGCUGCCAUCGACGCCUUCGUGGGUGUGUGGACAAGCCAGGUCGAGCCGGCUUAUUACACGGUGCUCAAGGCCGAGUCCGAGGCGCAGGUCCGCACUGCCGUCGCCGGCCUCCUGGAGACGCUACGGGCGUUCUCGCUGGCCGAGUGCGUCGCCGCUCCGUGGGUCGAGCGGAUGCUGCUCAUGCUACCGUACUGGCGCAACAUUGACCUGCUCAAGCUCUGCCGUCAGCAGGGGCUUGCGAGGACGGCCUCGUGGAUGGAGGCGGUCGCCGCGCGACCCUCAGUGCAGGCGACGAGCGCCGGCGAGGCGGAGAUGGCGCGCGCUGCGAGGCUUUACUAUUCCGAGUACGACUCGAUCCCGGCGUCCUGCGCUCCCGCGUCGGCUACACGGGCGGCGACGGCGACGGGGACCCGUCCGGGGCGCCACCGUCGUACGAGAGCGUCUGCGCCCGCGCGAACACGCACACCGAGGCGCUCCGUCUCGACUUCGACCCGUCGGUCGUCUCCUACGGCGAGCUGGUUCGCCGCUUCGCAUCCGACCCACGCGUGCAGCGCGUGCGCGCCCUCCCCGCCGACUCCGCGCUCCACCUCCUCCGGCGGCGGCAGACGCGGGUCGCCGUCUGGGCACACACCGGCGCGCAGGCGGCGGCAGCGCGGACGGCGCUCGCGGAGGCGGGCAAGGAAGGGCUGGUUCCUGUCUUGCCCCCGAGCGCGUGGCACGAUGCGGAGGAGUACCACCAGCACUUUCUGGCGGAGGACAAGUCGUUCCCCUCGUGGAGUGCCGCGGCCGAUGACGACGGCUGGGGCGAUCUGGGCGGUCCAGGGACGGCUUGGGGGCUCUAGAGCGGGCGAGCAGCUCCGAGCAUGGCGGAGACAGCGGUCUGCCGUAGGUCACACCGGCGCGGUGGGCCAUGCACAGCGCGGGGCCGCACACAGUCACACAAGCGAAUGAAGCGGUUUCGGCGAAAGCAGGUGUGUGUACGCGCGCGUUUAGGUUUACCGCAUGGUUUACCAUUACCGGCGCAUGGACGAUGGAGUUUACCGUUGCGCGUUGCGGUCGGGUGUGCGCAGUGCGCACAGUGCGGGGCCGCCGCGCCGCGCCCUGCGCCUGCCCCCCCCCGCCUCCACGCUCGCACUCCCACUCCCGCGUGUCCCCAAGUGUGCACCAAAUUGGCACAUGUGCAUGCACAUGUAAGUGUCCCCAAGUGUGCACCCGGCGCGGUGCGGGAGCGUCGGUUAAGAGUUGCAUGUGAACACAA